AUGCUAUCUUGCCGUGUCUUUGAGAAGAUUGGCCGAGAGGCAUCAACUGAAUGUUUUGCCAGGAUCGCCAUCAGAUCAGGAAUUCUUUCUUUCAUUCUAUUUGGAAGGAAUGUUUCAGAGAGUAGAAAUGAUCCCUACAAGUUGUUGAACAUGCUAGACAUAUUCAGUCAACUUCUGGCGCAAGUGAAGCUGCAAAGGCCAAGUUUUCCUCCUCGAGAUGGCGGUGUCCCUAGGCUGGUAAGCUUUGUAACUGAUUACUGCAAGCAGCUGCUUAAUGAUACAUAUCUACCACAUUUGAAAAAGGUUCUAAAAAUUCAUCUUAGUUGGAGAAAUGAAACAUAUGAAGAGGGUAUUAUUUUCACACAAAUAUAUGACACAAUCAAGGAAGUUGCAGUUAAUCUUGAUUCUUGGUCAAAGGCCUAUGAGGAUAUCACAUUGUCCUACAUUUUCAUGAUAAAUAAUCAUUGCCAUUUCUACAAUUUGAGGGGUACCAUGCUUGGGGAUAUGAUGGGAGAUACUUGGUUAGGAGCACAUGAACAAUACAAGGACUAUUAUGCAGCACUUUAUUUGAGGAAUAGCUGGGGAAAGCUUCUAUCAAUUAUUGUUCAAAAAGACUUACUUUCAUCCUCAUUGAGUAGCCAAGAUUUGGGAAAGAGAUUGCAUGCUUUCAAUGUAGCUUUUGAUGAGAGGUACAAGAAGGAAUCUAGUUGGACAAUUUGUGAUGAGGCCUUGAGGAAAAACAUAUGCAAGCAUUUGGUGGAAUGUAUUGUACCAAUCUAUAAGGCCUAUGUGAAGAAUUACAACUUGUCAAUCGAGAAUGAAGGUAUGGUUGUGAAGCAUAUCAAAUAUACAGCAGAGAGUUUGGAGUAA